CCUCAGAUGGCAGAGGAUCUAGCAAAACAACUGGCAAGCUACAAAGCUCAACUCCAGCAGGUUGAAGCUGCAUUAUCUGGAAAUGGAGAAAACGAAGACUUACUAAAAUUGAGGAAAGAUUUACAAGAAGUUAUAGAAUUAACCAAAGACCUUCUUUCAACUCAACCUUCUGAAACUCUUACAAGUUCAGACAGUUUUGCUUCUACACAGCCCACUCAUUCAUGGAAAGUAGGCGACAAGUGUAUGGCAAUCUGGAGUGAAGAUGGACAGUGUUAUGAAGCGGAGAUCGAGGAGAUCGAUGAAGAGAACGGCACGGCUGCAAUCACCUUUGCUGGCUACGGCAAUGCUGAAGUGACCCCACUCCUGAAUCUCAAGCCUGUGGAAGAAGGAAGGAAAGCGAAGGAGGACAGCGGCAACAAGCCCAUGUCAAAAAAAGAAAUGCUUGCCCAGCAACGUGAAUAUAAAAAGAAGAAAGCUUUGAAAAAAGCACAGAGAAUAAAAGAACUUGAGCAAGAAAGAGAGGACCAGAAGGUGAAAUGGCAACAGUUCAAUAACAGAGCCUAUUCUAAAAACAAAAAAGGCCAGGUAAAGAGGAGUAUUUUUGCUUCACCUGAGAGCGUAACUGGCAAGGUUGGAGUAGGAACGUGUGGAAUUGCUGAUAAACCUAUGACCCAAUACCAGGAUACCUCUAAAUACAACGUCAGGCAUUUGAUGCCUCAGUAAUCAGAAAAACUGCUGGAUUUCAUCUCUGCAGGGCUUAACCUUUUUAUCCUUAUAUUUUUCUAAAGGUAAAUUAUUUGUUAAGGUGAAUAAGGAAGAGUAUUAUUGUCAUUGACUUCAAUAGAAUGAAACUUGAAGAAGUU